AUGAAUGCAGAACUUUGUGGGUCGCCAGCAGCGUCUGGUAAAUCCUCUUCACGAAGGCCACGAAGUGCGAAUCGAGUGGGUCGAAGUGCGUCUUCAGGAUGCGAGGGCAAGGCUCGAAAGACUUCGUCAAGCUCGCCGAGUUCUAAACCUCGAGCAAGAAAACCUUCAAAACGAGGUCGCUCAUCUCAGGGAUCUGCUUUUGAACAACCAAAAUCGAAAUGUCGACCCUCGGAUCAGGCUGCGAAUUCUUCUUUUGGAGAUUCGCAAUUGCUUUCGAGCUCGGCUAAUUCGAAUCAAGCGAGCGUUUCUGAGACUGAUUCCGAACAGCCUUCGACUAGCGCUGCUGCUCGUAAACAUGAUGAUCAACUCGUUCGUAAUCAUGGCCGUAUUGACGUUUGCCGUUUUCCUGAUCAAAUUGCUCCCGAAUCCAAUUCACUCGGAAGCGACCGUCAACCUCUCGAGCACCGCAACAUUGAAGGAACUUUGAGAGUUUGGAACAAGUAUUCGACCGCCUUGCUCAAAAUGGCUCAAAAGCGGAAAUCACUCUUUGAAAAUUGCCCGAUGAAUGUUGAAGAAGGAAAACGUUUUACGCCGCUGGAGACGAUCGACUGGCACACUGUCCGGUUGAUGUACACCUGUAAAAGCGAAAACGUGAUGGGAUCUCACCCGUCCCACAACUUCAAUCUUCAUCAGGGCUCGCUCAUCGAUUUGAACAUUUGUGACCGAUUUCUUCCUGUUCAACAAGCUCAAGCGGCUCUCGCUGCGUCCGAAUUCUAUCUUACGGUUUUGGGCAUCAAGAUGAUGACGACUGUCGAAGAAAACUCCGUCAAGAUAAGAAUGAUAUCUACCACAGCGAAAUCCGUUACAGAAGAAUUCGGAGCGCUCGAUCUACCAGCCAAAGGCAAGAUUGACAAAUCUUUUCGAUUUGGUCAAGACGUCACUGAAGAUUACUUGGCACUGCUCAAAUCACUCUGUACUGCAAGCUACGGGGAUCAAAAAACUUCUUACCAGUUUACGCCAAGCGAAAACGAGCUGAUUCCUCUUUCGAUCAUCGACACCAACAUGUUCGAUUAUCUUUUCACAGUGGAAGCCAUCGUCGACAGCGUUUACGACAAGGUGGAGUUGAGCAUCGUAGAAGACGACAAUUGGAUUCCCGCAAGCUUCCAUUCGUACCCUUAUGACAACGGAAACGUCGAUUACACCCAAAUUCCAAACGCUGCCAACUGGCAAAAUUUGAUUGAAAGGUGCAGCUAUCGAUUGUCGCUUAUUCGCGAUGAUACGGAAAACUGCCAUCUGAUUUAUCUCGCAGAUAAAAAUUUCGUGAAAAACCGCCAAAGAAACGCCUUCAACGCAAUGGUCAACAAUUUCGCAAACAAGUAUAUCCACUUUUGUCUGGCUCGAACAGAGAUUACAAACGAUAAACUCAACCGAAUACUCAAGUAUUCCUCCUGCGUCGAUUACGGCUACAUUGCGCUGAGAAGAGAAAGUUUUAUAAAAACAGUGAAAUUCUCAAGCCUCUACAGCUUGAACGAUUUCGUUCUGUAUGAGACUCGAGUUCACGGCCAGACAGAAACUCCUGACAGUGGAAUCGAAGUUUCCAGCCCGCCCGUAAAAAUCAAAAGUGAGCUUUACAAGCUUACACCAAAGGUGAAAACACCUGACGAGGUUCAACAAAUCGAAUCAAUCAAAACAAUGCUGAAAGAACCUACUGCCGCGCCACCGCCACCGCCACCAUACGAGGCGGCAAUUGCCAUGAAGCCUACCUCGCCACUACCUCUCUCAGAUGAGAUCAUUGACGACGCAAUCAAUGCAGGCACCUCCUGGAUUGAUUUGACCGAGCCGCUCACGCCAGACGAUUCUCUUCGUGAGCCUGAGCCUGUACCCGUUGUAGUCGUCUCUCCAGAAACAACCACGCCUCCUUUAGGACGGCAAUCAUCAUUUUAUCAACCGCCACCACCACCACAACCUGCUCAAAACUUUAUUCCUUCCGUCCCCACCAACAUCACUCUUUUUGACAACAUGUUCAACUCCAAGAAAUAA